AAAAGAAGGGAUUAUGUAGUCUCACUGACACUGACUCUCAUUCACCAGUGCUAUUCAGUCUCUUAGUCUGCAAGCGACGAUUGCAUUCCGGGUCAUGAAAGUUUAAGGAAUCAAGUCGCUCGAAGCAUAGUUGUUUACGUGUCCUCGAGAAAUAAGACUACUAUACUUUGACCAUGUGGCUUUGGAUAGUUGGAAUCUUUUCGUUAAUUGCGGCUGUUCGGGUCAUCUACCAACGACGGUCAGGGGUUUGUCCUUCGAAAAGACUAUUGUAUGGAAAAACUGCAAUAGUCACUGGUUCUUCGGCAGGUAUCGGGAAGGAGACAGCGAAAGACUUGGCCCGCAGAGGCGCUCGUGUCAUCCUCGCUUGCAGAAAUGUAGCGAAGGCGAAAAGAGUAGCAGACGACAUCAUCGGGACGACCGGGAACGGCCAAGUCUACGUCAAGCAACUGGACACCUCCGACCUCAACUCCGUCAGGAGGUUCGCGAAGGACAUCAUCGACAACGAAAAACAGCUCCACAUUCUGGUAAAUAACGCUGGAAUGGCGGCUCCAACCCAAAAACAACUGACCUCGGAUGGCUUAGAACUAACGAUGGCAACAAAUCAUUUCGGACACUUCCUCUUGACCAACAUGCUCUUAGAUCUCCUGAAGAAAAGUGCACCAAGCAGAGUCGUCAACGUCUCCUCAAUUGCUCAUUCCUUUAGCAAGAAUUUCGUGGUAGAUGACCUGAAUUAUGAAAAGACACCAUAUCCUGGCUCAUCGGCCAGUUACGGACAUAGCAAAUUAGCUAAUGUUCUUUUCACUGUGGAACUGGCAGAGAGGAUGAAAGAUACAGGGGUGACAACGAACUGCCUUCACCCUGGAUUUGUAAACACCGAAAUCUUUUACAAACAUGGAGUUAAAAUAAAAAGAUUUCUGAUCGGAUUUCUCUUCGCACUGAUGGGCAAGGAUGAAACGCUCGGUGCUCAAACCUCUAUCCAUUUAGCGGUGUCAGAAGAAGUGGAAAAAAUCUCCGGAGAAUACUUCGCUGACUGCAAGAUUUCUCCAAGAUCGGAUCUGGGCAAAGAUCGAGGACUGGCCAAGAAGCUUUGGGAGGUGAGCGAGACGCUAGUCAACCUUAGUCAGGAAGACCUCAAUUAUGGAAGAAAAUAGAAAUAACAAAAUAGGUAUUGUGACUCCUCUCUCGGGAGAAGGUUCCCAGGGCUAUUUUCUAAAAAAAAAUCUUUUCUGUGGUAUUUGUGAGAGAAUAAUUUACUAUAGUAGAUUCACAUUAACCGUGCAUCAGAUGUCUAAGCCAGUCCCUUACGACGCUCCUGAUUGGCUGUUGAUAAACCCUCAGGAGAAGUGGAACAUACAUCUUGCCUAUGUGAACUCUCUCAAGAGAAUGAGAGUUUCCAGCCUGUGACUGGCUUAUCAACAGCCAAUCAUAUGUACGGGUGAUGUGAAUCUACUAUAGCAAUUCUUAAUAAUAAUUGUAAAAAAAAGCUAUUCAUUACAAAAAUGUCUGAAUAUAUCAUUAUAGAUUUCUUCUCUUAAUAAUUACUUGACAGACAAGUCUUUUAACAUUUUUACUGAAUCACCUGCGUGUGAAAUUCUCUUAGAACAUUGAUGACUGAUUUGUUUUACUCCCGAAUUACUCUAAACCAUUUUGAUAAUUAUAUAUAUUGUAACAUGUGUAAAAGGCAUUUUUAUAUACUCAUAUUUUUGUUCACUAACUGUAAAUGUAUUUAUGAUGGUUUUCUGUCCUCUGCAGUCCCAGACCCAUUUAACAACAUCUAGAAUGUAUUUAUUUAUUUGUUAUUUUUUCACAAAUCAAUCAUAGAUGUACAUUUUUAUGCAUAAAAUUAUCAAACAUUUUUGUUGAAUUAAUCCCAUCACGAUUAUUAUAAGAAUCAUUAAUUCCAUCCAGUUUAUUCUGGAGAUAUUAAUUUAUGAAUGUAGUGCAAUUAAGUGUAAUGAAUCUGUUGUUUAUAAAUGAUGCGUUUUAGAUAAGGGUGGUUUAUGAAACUGUAAGCACGCAGAGAUGGAAGAGUUUGUAAUACAAACAAGGAACUAUAUUAUUGUAAUUGUAAUUAAUUUCUUGCACAUUACUAUGCAUGUCUGUGUAUAACUUAAAUUGUAUUUGAAAUAAGAACUGAAGUUAAAGAAUUUUUCAAGAUUUUAAGCUAGAACCAAGGAAAAAUAAAGUCUUUUACCCAA